AUGCUGACGGGCGGUGUGAUUGACUACAACCGCGAGGGUUCGAUCCUCAGCGCCGAACAACGUCGCUUCUACGAGACGAACGGAUACCUCCUGAUCCGGAACUGCGUGCCCAAAUACGAACUGGACCGCUUUCGGCAGCGAUUCCAGGACAUUUGCGAGAAGAAAGUGAAGGCGCCGGAGAAUAUGACGGUGAUGAAGGACAUUUCGAUCGCAAAGUCCGAGUUCAAAGACGGCGAGAAGGCGAUCACGAAGAUCCAGGACUUUGCCGACGAUCCGGUCCUCUUCGAAUACUGCAAGUAUCCGGGCGUCGUCGACGUCGUCAAGGAUCUCAUCGGAGAUCCGAAAUCGAAUUUGAUGGCCAUGCACACGAUGCUCAUCAACAAGCCGCCAGACAACGGUACCUUUCGUUUUACCACUUCUACAAUGAUACAUCAAAAAACUUACCAGGAAAGCUAACAUCGCGUCAUCCGAUGCACCAGGACCUCCAGUAUUUCCCAUUCCGUCCCGCCGAUUUCAUCUGUUGCGCGUGGACUGCGAUGGAGAAGAUCAACCGGGCGAACGGAUGUUUGGUCGUCGUGCCGGGCACUCACAAAGGAGUUCUGUUGCCUCAUGAGUAUCCGAAAUGGGAGGUGAGAGUGUGGCCUAGGAUCACAAGUGGGGAAAGUCAGGUCAUCGAGCUCGGUGCAGUUUGAAGAGAGCAUUUUCUGCAUAGAAAAAAUUAGGCCAUGUUUUCGUGUGUUUUCUGACGAAAAACUGUAAAAUUCUCUAUCAUUAUCAUUUUUUGCAGGGCGGCGUGAACAAAGCCUACCACGGAAUCCAGAACUACGACGCGUCGAUGCCGCGCAUCCACGUGGAAAUGGAGGCCGGCGACACCGUCUUCUUCCAUCCGAUCCUCAUCCACGGAUCCGGCGCCAACAGAACCGAAGGUAUCGUAAAAGCGCAAAAGUGGAGCGUCGUUUGAGAGUUUCUACCCAGAAUUUCACUGAAAAAAAUUGUGACACUUUUUAGGAGAAAGUCAAUUAAAUUUUCAGGUUUUCGCAAGGCAAUUUCGUGUCACUACGCGAACGACGACAUCUGCCGAUACGUGAACGUCGAGGGCACGACUCAGGAGACCCUGGCCGAGGAAAUCAUCGAAAUUGCGAAGAAGCGAAUGAAGAAGUACGGUUUGGACACGAGCACGGUCAGCCUCGACUUUGCGGACAUUUGGAGAGUCCGCGCGCGUGAGGUCAACGGACACAGAUCCAAUUUGUAA